AUUCUAGCCUUUUCCAUGUAUGGAAGAUGAUUAUGGAUUGAUUGUGGUAAAGUAUUUCACCAAAUCAGAUGGUAUACAUAUCAUACAAUAUAUACAGAUCAAAUGAGGCAGCCUGCCCUAUAGAUGUGAUAGAUUUGAGAAUCUCAACACACUAUUAUUAGUUGACUAUUUUAGGCUGACCAAAGCAUAAAUAGGCCAACAGCCCCUUCCGUGUGACUCGUGACCUCCUCCAUGCAUGCAACCUUGCUACUUGUGGUGUGAUGGAGUCUGCACCCGCCUCUACAGCAAUGCAAUUUAUGACACUUAAUCCAGUGACACUGACAUCACACUGGCAGUCCAAGAUUGCAGCAUCCUAACAUUCAAUGACCAGCAUGAUCUAUUAUUGUCAUCCAUGGUAAUCAUCACUCGCAAUGCAACUUUGCUGAUUUGGGCCAAUGAUAUGGGAGUCCUGUAGGUUGGGAGGUCAAUCACAUCAACAGAAGAGAUCGUGAUGGCUCACAUCCUCUGAGCUCUCAAAACUGUUAGCUGUGCACUUCAUCCCGCCCAUCCACCAGUCGACUUCUCGUCUCAAGCUCUCUAUAAAUUGCACCGUGUGUUAGCCCCAUGGAACCAACCAUCUCUCGUCUUCUUUCUCGAGCUCCUAAUCAGAUGUCUCAGCUGUCGAACAUGAUUCCAGAGCCGAGAGAGAAGUUUGAACUCUGUGUGGAGCAAGGGGAACCGACGCUUGUUCCGCCGGAGGAAGAGACGGCGAAGGGCCUCUACUUCCUCUCCAACCUCGACCAGAACAUUGCGGUCAUAGUUCGGACCGUAUACUGCUUCAGGUCGCAGGAGAAGGGGAACGAGGAAGCUGCGCAAGUGAUCAAGGCGGCUCUGGCGAAGGUCCUCGUUCACUACUACCCGCUCGCCGGGCGGCUGGCGAUCAGCGACGAGGGGAAGCUCAUCGUCGAUUGCACCGGAGAAGGGGCGGUAUUCGUGAAGGCUGAAGCAGAUUGCGAGAUGGAGGACGUUGGCGACAUCACGAAGCCUAACCCCGACACUCUCGGCAAGCUCGUCUACACCAUUCUCGGUGCCAAUAACUUGCUGGAGAUGCCGCCAUUGGUCGUUCAGGUUCGGAACUCGCACCCUUGCAGCUUGUUUCGAUCAUACAAUCAUCGGAAGCUCAUCGCGUGCUUCCUUCAGGUCACUACGUUCAGGAGCGGGGGAUUCAUCCUUGGGCUAGCCGUCAACCACUGCAUGUUCGAUGGGCUGGGCGCGAUGGAGUUCGUCAACUCCUGGGGCGAAACGGCACGAGGCCUGCCGAUAUCGGUGCCGCCGUUCGUCGACCGCACCGUUCUCGAGUCUCGAAAUCCUCCUCUCGUCAGUUUCCCCCACCACGAGUUCGCCGAGAUCGAAGACGUCUCCGACACCACGGCACUGUACGGUGAAGAGAUGGCGUACAGGUCCUUCUGCUUCGAGCCUGAGAAGCUCGGACGCGUGAAGAGGAGAGCUCUGGAAGACGGAGCUCUCGCCAAGUGCACGACCUUCGAGGCGCUCUCCGGCCACGUGUGGAGAGCCCGGACGGAGGCCCUGAGGCUGCAGCCGGGGCAAAAGACGAAGCUCCUGUUCGCGGUCGACGGGCGGUCCCGAUUCGAUCCCCCGCUGCCGCAGGGCUACUUCGGCAACGGCACAAUGCUCACCGGCUGCCUGAGCACGGCAGGGGAGCUUCUGGGCCGCCCGCUCUCGUUCGCCGUCGGACUGGUGCAAGACGCAGUCAAGACGGUGACUGAUGAAUACAUGAGAUCGGCGAUGGACUACUUCGAAGCCACGAGGGCGAGGCCUUCGUUGACGGCCACUCUUCUGAUCACAACCUGGUCUCGGCUGUCCUUCCACACCACGGACUUCGGGUGGGGGGAGCCAGUGCAGUCCGGGCCUGUGACUCUACCUGAGAAGGAGGUGAUCCUGUUCCUGUCCCAUGGGAAGGAGAGGAAGAGGAAGGGCAUCAACGUGCUUCUCGGGCUCCCAAGCUCAGCAAUGGCACGAUUGCAAGAUCUGAUGGAGAUAUAAGAAGAUGGAGGA